CGGGGGGCGCGGCCGCCAUCGCCGCCCGGCCGUGGCCCCGCCUCCCGCUCACAGGGCCCGGGCCGGCGGCGGGGAUGGCGGCGGCGCGGGGCCGGGUGCUGUGCCUCUUCGACGUGGACGGGACCCUGACGCCGGCUCGGCAGAAAAUCGAUCCGGAGGUGGACGCGUUCCUGCGGGAGCUGCGGGAGAGGGUGCACAUCGGCGUGGUGGGCGGCUCCGACUACGCCAAGAUAGCCGAGCAGCUGGGGGACGGGGACGAAGUCAUCGAUAAGUUUGACUAUGUCUUCGCAGAGAACGGCACAGUGCAAUACAAGAACGGGCAGCUGGUCUCCAAGCAGGCCAUUCAGGACCACCUGGGGGAAGAGCUCCUGCAGGAUCUAAUCAACUUCUGUCUCAACUACAUGGCGCUGCUGAAGCUGCCCAAGAAACGAGGAACCUUCAUUGAGUUUCGCAAUGGGAUGCUGAACAUCUCCCCCAUCGGACGGAGCUGCACCCCAGAGGAGCGAAUAGAGUUCUCUGAGCUGGACAAGAAAGAACGGAUCCGGGAGAAGUUUGUGGCAGCCUUGCAGAGGGAGUUUGCUGGCAAAGGCCUGCGUUUCUCUCGAGGUGGCAUGAUCAGCUUUGACGUCUUCCCAGAGGGCUGGGACAAGCGCUACUGCCUCAACGUGCUCGACGAUGAGAGAUUUGAUACCAUCCACUUCUUUGGGAAUGAGACAACCCCUGGAGGAAACGAUUAUGAAAUCUAUGACGAUCCCCGCACGGUGGGACACAGUGUCCAGUCUCCCCAGGACACAGUCCAGCGAUGUCGUGAAAUCUUCUUUCCAGAGAGAGCAAAUGAGCGCUGACUGCCAGGUCCCCACAGCCCUGCCCCACCCUCACCCUCUCCCCCCACCGGGAAAAGCACCUUCAUUUGAGGAAUCUGCUCAGGGUAGACUGAAGAAACCACUUUCCAGAUCUGGUCGGGAGGUAACGUGUGAGUGCGGGUGGGUGUGCAGGAGGGGGCUUUGCUGAGCAGCCCUUUGGCACUCCCCAUCUACAGCUCGUGGGACCAGACCCUCCUCAACUCCAGAAAAACUUCUCUCUUGACAGUUUGGGCUGUGGUGGGUGCGAUGCAGAUGCUUUGUUGGUCGGAAAGCAUUUGAAAGGGCCAGUCAUGAGAGUAUGUGUGUGUCCGUCCCGUGCUCCCUCCCCUCUUCUCUUUUUCACUCUGUUUCUCUUAACAGUUCUGCCUGAGGAACAUGUGUCUCCCCUUUCUGUCCCCCUUGUGUCUUGGCCAGGGAGGCUGGGGCUGCUGAGGCCCCUGGCACACUCACCAGAUCCGCUUUGAGGCAAGAGGCCAGGAAGGCUGUUGUUUGCUCCAAGCCCAUGGUAGGAAGGGGUAGCUGUGACCCCAGCUCAUUGCAGCAUUGUACAUCCUAACAGGGAGGGUCACCAUAUCCUUCCUCUCAGUGCCACGCUGUGCCAGUCCCUACAGAUGAUCUGGGAAUGAAGUUUUAAAAUGGCUGGGUUCCUGCUCUGAGCUUUGCUCAGGUGCAUGAAGAACCUAAUUCUCUCUUUAGCUUACAAAAAAACCCCAGGGUUUAUUUUCUCUGUUCUGAAGAAGUUCUCAAGUCAGACCUUGCCUUGUGCGGCUGGAGGAUGCUGGGCGUGCACAGAGCACCCUGUGGAGCAGUUGUGGGCUGAAGGCUUCCCGACAGUCUUCCUACUCCCACGUCCAUUAGGUGUCACAGAUGUGCCAGUGUAAAACUUACCCAGGGCAUUCAUUACAGACCAAGUCCCCUCCUUCCCACUGCUCAGAUUUCCAUGCUGCUGCCAGGGGCAUUUUCAGAGAGGGACAACACAGGCCACACCUGGUUUGUAGUGCCAAUGGGGGUACCCACUCAGCAGUGCCCUCUGAGCUUACUUUUCCACCCUAUCUCAUCCCACAAGUUUAUGUGGUCACCUUUAGGGAGGCAGGUUCUCCAGUGCAGCUGUCAUAUGUUCUGCUUCUCUCUUUCUCAUGGGUCUUUGUGGGUUGCAAAACUACAUCUUUCUUUCAGACCUCGACCUCCUCCCUCACAUUGCCCCUUUAUUCCUGGCAGUUAUGCCCAGGGCAUGUGGCCGCACCAGUGAUGCUAGUCACAACUUGGUGCUUAAGAGGAGCUCAGGGAUCCCCUCAAGGGAGAUGUCCUGCUUGUAGCUCCCCAGGGCACAUGUAUCUGUUGUUUGUGGUCCUGGAGGAUGCUGGAGGUUCCUGCAAAACUCCCCCACAUUGCUCCCUGAGAACCUUUUUCACCACGUCCCUGCUGGUAUGGCACUGCUCUGUCUCUUGGUCCUGUUUCCUCUCCCCUUUCUCUUCUGUUCCCACUUUCCUCACCAUUGCUCUUCAUCUCCCACCUAGUAGCUGGACUGCAGAGAGAACUUUCUCCGUUGGCCACCGCCAAUUAACCAAGGGACCAUGUUCCUCAGGUGAGAUACAUUGGUGCUUUUAGAGCCAGGGCAGGGCUCCCAUGUUGCCAUGAGCAGAGUUCCGAGUGGACCUUGGCACUGCUGCCUGGCCACAGAAGCAGGGGUGCUGUCUCCUCCACUUGAUUGCACCUCUUAACUCUACAACACAUCAGGUCUGUAAUGCAUCACAUUUGCAUGAGCACAGCGGUCUGCCUAGCAUCCAGAAAUCCCCAACAAAUGCACAAAUUCCUCUUUCUGCCCAGAGAAGAUUUCUGCAUGGAGAAGAGGACCUGUUGGAGAAGCCUGAAUGCAGGGUACCCUUUUUACAGGCCACUGAAUUUGGCCCUUCACUGCAACCUUCCUGGAGGAAUCGUGCUUUGCGGUUCCUUCUUCUCUGUUUCACUGUGGAUCAGGUUAUGUAUGGGGUUUUGGGGGGUUUCUUUUUCCUGUGUCUAUUCAAAGUCGGCAGGAUCUCUAGCAAGCUUAGUGGUGAGAGCGGGUCUGGAUCUGAAUGCACAAGGCACUCUGGUGGCCUUGUGGGCUGAGAUAACUUGAAUAUUUGAAGGGAUGGGCAGGCUCUGUCCAAGGCUGUAUGUCUGUCCAUUGCUCAGGGUGGGGGGAGUUGCAGGGCGAGCGGAGCUGAGGCAGGGAUGACCUUCGAGGCACCAGCCAUCGCUUUUUCUGCUCAGGAGCUCACAUGUGCAUGGAUGGGAUCAAGUUCAGGAACAUUCCCCAUUCCUGUCUCUGUCUUACACCAAGCUUGGGCUAGUUGAGGGCAGCUCCCAGCAGGACAUCCUGUCCUGCCAGAGGCAUGAGGAAGAGGAUGGCAUCAGAGGUAGCUGGGGCAGCCCCAGGCUUUCAGAGCCACAGAGCAAUUGAGGUUGAAGGGACCUCUGGAGGUCAUCUGGUCCCAUCCCCCUGCUCUAGCAGGGCCACUGAGAGCCUCAGCUGCCAUCCCUUGUAGGCAGGGAUGAGGCACAGGAGGGGGUGGAUGAGGCACGGGACAUGCUGGGGUGGGAGCCCUAUACCUAGGGGGUGGCGCACGCCUGUCCCUGAGACCCCUUUGCCAUGAUGCUCCUCUCCCAGUGUGGGUGCCCAUGACAUAAGUGGGGGUUUCUCCCCCUGUAUGCGUGAGUGAGCAGAUGUGGUGGGCCCCGUGUCAGGGACCAUCUUGCCAUAUGGCUCCAUAUCUAUGUGAGAUGGGCAGCUCCUGUCCGGCUGAUACUGUUAAAUAAGAAAUAUAUUUAAAUACAUAUAUAUGUAAAUGAAAAAAAAUAAUAAAAUCAAUCAUAUUAAAUCUA